UGCUGGACUUAAAAAUUCAAAGUCCUGGAGGGGAUUUGGGUGCCAAAAAGAAAAAGAAGAAACAGAAGAGAAAAAAGGAGAAACCAAAUUCCGGAGGCACCAAGUCAGACUCAGCAUCUGACUCCCAGGAGAUUAAAAUUCAGCAGCCUUCAAAACACAACACCAUCUGGCAGCAGAUUUCAGCGGGAGCAGUCACGGAAUCCCACCUUUCCAAUGCAGAAGUUGCAGGAUAUCCAGAGAGCAAUGGAGCUGUUAUCCGCAUGCCAGGGCCCCGCCAGGAACAUUGAUGAGGCUGCCAAACAUAGAUACCAGUUUUGGGAUACACAGCCGGUACCCAAACUAAAUGAAGUAAUAACCUCCCACGGUGCAAUUGAAGCAGAUAAAGACAAUGUACGACAAGAGCCGUACUCCUUGCCACAGGGUUUUAUGUGGGACACUUUAGAUUUGGGUAAUGCUGAAGUGCUCAAGGAGUUAUACACCUUGUUGAAUGAGAAUUAUGUGGAAGAUGACGACAACAUGUUCCGCUUUGACUAUUCACCUGAGUUCCUAUUGUGGGCUCUGCGUCCCCCCGGCUGGCUUCUUCAGUGGCAUUGUGGGGUCAGAGUGUCUUCAAACAAAAAAUUAGUAGGUUUCAUAAGUGCCAUCCCAGCAAACAUUCGGAUUUAUGACAGCGUGAAGAAGAUGGUUGAAAUAAACUUCCUCUGUGUUCAUAAGAAAUUGAGAUCCAAGCGGGUGGCUCCAGUGUUAAUUCGAGAAAUAACCAGAAGAGUGAACCUGGAGGGGAUUUUUCAAGCUGUUUAUACUGCUGGAGUGGUCCUUCCUAAGCCAGUGGCCACAUGCAGAUACUGGCAUCGAUCACUAAACCCCAGAAAAUUGGUAGAAGUGAAAUUUUCUCACUUGAGUAGAAAUAUGACUUUACAGAGAACAAUGAAGCUAUACAGACUCCCGGAUGUCACGAAGACUUCAGGCUUGAGACCAAUGGAACCAAGAGAUGUCAAAGCAGUUCGAGAACUAACUAACAGUUACCUGAAGCAGUUUCACCUAGCCCCAGUGAUGAAUGAGGAGGAAGUUGCCCACUGGUUCCUCCCCCAGGAGCACAUAAUUGACACAUUUGUAGUGGAGAACUCCACUGGUAAACUAACUGACUUCCUGAGCUUCUACACACUCCCCUCCACAGUCAUGCACCACCCUGCUCACAAGAGCCUCAAGGCUGCCUACUCCUUCUAUAACAUUCACACAGAGACUCCCCUGCUGGACCUCAUGAAUGACGCACUCAUUAUUGCUAAAUUGAAAGGAUUUGAUGUAUUCAAUGCACUAGAUUUGAUGGAAAAUAAAACAUUCUUGGAAAAACUCAAGUUUGGUAUAGGAGAUGGCAAUUUACAAUAUUACUUGUACAAUUGGAGAUGUCCAGGAACAGAAUCUGAAAAGGUUGGACUUGUAUUACAAUAGAUGGAUAUUUCUAUUUCUAGAAUUCUGAUGUCAUCACUUGUUAAUGUUAUAUUUAAUGAUUCCGGGAACUGCCAUUCUGAGGAAGAAUAAAAGCACAACUUAAGAGAAACUGAAGUGUUAAGAAUCAGAAAAGAUGGAAAAAGUCCAUGUGACUAGUUGUAUACAUUUCUAGCUAGAAUGUUAACAUUCGUCCUUUUUCUUUUCCCACUGUUAAUCCAUUUGUAGGAGUGAAAGGGAACAAAGAGCACAUUCUUCUAGUUUUCAAACUUCUGAUGGUCUCUUAAAGAAGAGAAGGUAUUUUUCCACUCUAGAAAAUGGGACUGUUUUUCUAUAGACUGAACAAAAGUCACAGCAUCAUGUGAAAAAAAUCUUUACUCGUGUGGAAAUAAACUGAUGCAUUUCUGUUUAUUGAUGAUCUAUUUGUCCAUGUAACAGAGCAGAGGACCCAUGUGGAAAAUUUUUGUAUCACCUUACAUGAUAUCAUUAAAUACAUGUAUGGAAUCAGCACUUCUGCAACUCAAUGAUGAGUGAUGGAUGGUCAAGUAAAGAGCCAGACUAAAACAUACUGAUGACUAGUACAUUUCUCGAGAAGCAAAAUUGCCAAAUCAAUAAAUAUGAAAAUCUAUACUUUGAUCUUCAGCAGAUUGAUGGUUUUGUUCAAAAGCAAAGUUCUUUGCAGACAUUGAGUGCCCUCUGAAUGAGUAUACACCCAGACUGACAAGACUUUGCUGCUGCUGCAGUUUCUUCUCACCACAGCAAGGUAUGUGAGGAGAAAAGGAAAAUAAAAGCUCUGAAGUUAAAAAAAAAUGCCCAGUGGAAUUUAUUAGUGCCAUCAGGACAUUGAUAGUUUUAAUAUUUUUAUUACUUAUGCAAAAUUGCACAUACUCCUUUAUGCUGACUUUUAAUUUAUCAUGAAGUGUCAUGCUAACGGAAACUUUGUAAAUAAGUAUUCAUAAUUUUGUUACUGAUGUGUUUUUACCUAGAAAAUGAAAAACCAAGUUUCACUGUGUACAUAUAUAUGUAUGUAUAUACUGCCAAUAGUUCAAGAGGAAAAGAUGUAAAUGAGACCACAUACCAGAAUAGAUAUUUCUUCCUGCCUUUAUUGUACCAGUGCCUAGGCUGUUCAGUCCAGAAAAAUGUAAUUAUUUUAAGACAACAUAAUGGCCUUCCCAUUAUGUUGUAAGUAGUCAAAUAAAACCAGUCAUAUCUUUUUAUCAGGCAGGCGCUAACUAACUGUGGCCCAUGAGCUAAAACCCAUUUUUGUAUGGCCCACAAACUAAGGAUAGUUUUUACAUUUUUGAAUGUGGGGGUGGGAGGAGUCUGAUCAAAAGAUUAUCAUUUUGUGACAAGUGAAUAUUGUUCAAAGCUCAAAUUUCAGCAUUCAUAAACAGUUUUGUUAGAAGACAGCCACAAUUAGCUUGUUUAGGUAUUGCUUGUGGCUGCUUUAUGCUACAAAAGGCAGAGUGAGCUGUAAUAGCCCUAAAAACCUAGCAUUUAUCAUCUGGCUGUUUACAGAAAAAAAAAAAAAAAAA